UAUUUAUCUUAAGUAUAACCGAAGUUGAGAUCUAAACAUGCUCGUAUGUUAGAUAUUGGGCAUUGCGAUUGGCGUCAAGUUCCGAGAUAACGUUACAAACCUUACGUAGUUCGUAUUCGCCUGUAUGUUGCAUAAUAUGAUUGAUAGGCUUCUUUAUAGACUUUAUAGAGUGUGCAGUCUAUUUAUUUGUUUAUUACUGUCAUACUUGAUUGUUUAUUUCCUUAAUUACCUAUAAAAGGAGUACUAGCGAGUGGAACUUUGGAAAUACUUGUUCAUCUACUUUGGUUAUAGUGCAAUUAACCACCACUUUCAGUUGCCACAUGAAUCGUCCAUUGUGUUGACGUUUCCCAGGAAAUUACCGAAAUAGAUCAAUUUGGAAUUCACGGAAAAUCUCACUCAAAAUACCGAACUUUAUCAGAAUAUCAUUCACAACCAUUAUAAGCUUUCUACAUAGAACAUAAUAAAGAGUCUCGUUUAAACGAACGUUGGUAAACUUGCUUCUGCAAAAAAUGACGUCGUGUGUUUCAUUUAAUGAAAGUAGUGUCUUCAGCUUUUUGUCGAAAAAAUGGGCUUUAGAUUUCAAUUCCAAAUUACGUACUACUACUCCGAACCAAGCGAAUACUCCUGAACUGAAGCAUCCUCCAGGAUAUGUUGAUCGUUCAUUCCCAACUACUGCCGUUCGUGACUCCGACCCACAUCUAAUGCGUCAGCGAAGUUGGAACAUUGCAUUGGGACCAUUCCGACAAGUUCCAAUGAAUCUGUUCAUCAUGUGGAUUUCAGGCAGUUCAAUAUCGAUAUUUCCUUUGAUGUCUGUGAUUAUGUUGUUUUUACGCCCAUUACAAGCUCUUUUAGCUGCACAAGCUAGUAAGGUUUCUUUUCUUCAUCGUUUGUUCAUGAUAUUUUUAGUACAAUCUUAGUACUUAUUUGAUGAUUAUUAGAGACAAGACUAGUGAUAUUGUUUGCAUUAUAAAAUUUCGAACCAUAACGAUACAUAUCCGUCACUGCUUGAAGAUAAUAACACAAAAUUAAUUGUGAUGACAUCUAAUCUUCACCUGAUCACAGUAACGAAAAUACAGAAGUGAUAGUCAUUCGACUUCAUAUUUCAUUCUUUAGAUUCUUGUAGGCCCCUCUCCCUGAAAAUAUCACCGUAGACCAUAGCAAGCGGAAAAGUUGCAUUGGGAUAUGUAAUCAAACUAUAAUCUGAGCAUAUUUAUGCGAAAGAAAUUUUUCAAACCAUAGAGUUUUCUGGUGACCUAGCGGCUAAGACAUUGAUUUCAAC